UGCCGCCGCUGCUGCUCCUGCUGCUGCUGCCGCCGGCCGCCCCCGGGACGCGGGGUUGGCCGCCCUCGCCGGCCCUCCGCGCGCCGAGUGGGGCGCCCCUCGCAGGAGCCGGGCUGGCGCGGCCGCCGGAGCCAGGUCCCGAGCGCGAGCUGCUGCCCACGCCGCCGCCGCCCACGCCACCCCGGGAGCGCCGCGGACUCGCUUCCCCCGGCCCCAGCCGCACGGCCCUCGGGCUGGCCACCGCCGCACGCCGGGGACCCUCGCGCCGGGCCCCCCGAGGCGGGAGCGCGGCCGCUGAAAGGAGCAGUUGGACAGAAAGUAACACUGAAUCCCACAUAGAAAACAUCACCUUUGAUCAGAACCAAAUGGACCUUUCCACAGUGGUUUCCAAGGAGGCUGUGAGGACUCAGAUCCCCACAAAGAACCAUACGUCUUCAGAUGCUCCAGAAAACUUCACUCCACAGACCGAAGCAGCAGAUGCUAGAGGAAGAAACAACUCUUCCUGGAAGACAAAUUUCACCACUUCCCCCGUUGGGGCUGACACAGCAACGGCUCUGAUUUCCCAGAGCCUCACCAGAGCUCUGGGAACACUUCACUUGCCAUCCAGCUCGGGGUCCGAAGGAAGAGCUGACCCUUCCCACACGGAGAGCUUAACAUCCCGGGGUUCCGUGGAGAGAGGAAAGGGACUCCCGGAAGAAGUGACUGUGCACAGCCAAGUGGCUGCCACUUGGGUUUUAGGACAGUCCCCUCCUCCUGCUCUGGGGAUGGGAGAAGAGAUCACAGUCUUGGGGAAGAGAAACACCUCAGGCCCGGCGCUUUCCUGGCUGCUUUUCUCCAGGACUCCGGCUUCCUCCCCUCCCUCAGAGCCCUCCUCAGCUUCCGGAAGCACAGAGGAGCUAAACAACUCCACCAUUCUCCCAAGUGCCUUGGCGAGUCGGAGAGCGAGCGAGCGUGUCGCCACCACGCUCCCCACUGGUGUCCCCAGGAUGCUCCCGUCUUUAACCGUCAGUCUGCAGCCCCUAAAUGAGACUGAGAAUUUCCCCAAGGACUCCGAAAUUGCCAGGACUUCAGUAUCGGCCCAUUCUUCACCCUUUGAGGCAGGGUUGCAAAGAAAUAGGGAAAUAAUCAGGAAUCCGGGAAAUGGGGAAUUCAUCGAGCCGUCCACAGAAAAUGGAUUUGGCCUUGCAUCUUCCCGGGUCUCCGUGGGAUUCUGGCAAAAUGAUUCCCCAACCUUCGGAGGAGACCAGCUUGCCAGCAGCUCGGAGGCAGAGCUGGGAAGCCCCAUGUCUCAGACCGAGGCCGCGUCCAGGCCUGUCCCGUCGGGCAGAAGCAGAGACAGCACGGCGCGCUGGUUCCUGACCCACAGCAAGACAUCUGCAGAUGUGACAGGAAGCUCUACUUCCUAUCCCGAAGUUGUGAACGCCUCAGUUUUGACCCACUUCUCAGCCUCUGCCCCCCAGUCUAGAGGAAGUGACAGAGCGCCGGGCCAGAGGAACUACGCUGAACCGGCUACCGAGUUGUUGUCCUCGUCCUCCUCAGAGAGUCUGGAUUCCUCAGCUCCGCGUGGUGAACGCUCAACCACUGAAGACGGUCCAGGGCCCGGAGGCAGUUCUGAGGUGGAGGAGAGGACGUCCCAGGCUCACCUCCCACACACCUCAGCUACUUUCACUGGGAAUGGAGAGCGCACGCUGCGGUCCCUCACCAACGCCAGCACGACUUCAGGGGAAGUGGGGCACUCUGUGAUAGUGCCCAGAGAAACCGAGAGCGCCACCCAGCAUGGGAACGUGACCCUGACGGGUGACGCCCGCUUGGUCUCAGGUUCCCUGGCAGCCUCGCCAGCCCUGGGAGUCACUGGAAUUAGCUACAGUCAAGUGAGUGGCAUGGAUAUGGAACAGGGGACUUCCAGUGACUACACAGACCACACCUAUGUCUCAUCCACUUUCACCAAAGGAGAACGGGCAUUGCUUUCCAUUACAGACAACAGUUCAUCCCCGGACUUAAGGGAGAGUUCUACCUCUUCUACUAAGAUCUCAAACUCUUCACUUUCAGACUCUUCUUCCUCAUCUCAAGCUCAGACUGGAGGAAGGAAUGUGUCAUCCUAUGACAGGGAGUACGCCCAGCCUUCCACUGAGUCGCUGGCUGUGCGCACAGCCAGUGUUCCCUCCUACACACCCACCAUCAACAGGCCCAACACUUUGGUUCUUCUGGACACUGAUGCUGCAUUGACUCGUGGCUCCUCUUCUUCUUCUUCUUCUUUGGGCCCCCCUUUACCCCUGCCUUCAGUGUCCCAGUCCCACCAGUUGUUCUCAUCAGUCUCACCAUCAACCAGGGCCUCUGCUCUUCCACUGCAGUCCAUUCCCGAUGCACCCAAGCCCAUGUCUUCCUCACCACCGCCCUUACCAGUAUCCCUGACAGCAUCUACCCCUGCUUCACCGUCUGCCCCCCAAACAACCCUACCACCUUCACCUCCUACCCUGGUCCUGCCCAGGGCAAGAGACACUCCUAUGACCUCAGUUCAGACUGAGACAACAGCAUUAUCUGUGGCAAUGCUCCCCAAGAGUCAAACAGCAGAUCCUAAGAACCAGAGUAACCCAUACCCUGAGAAAGUCAUUACAGAAUCAAAGCCACCAAGCCCAGAUUCUCUGCCCACAGAGGCCACUGAAGCUGUAAGAGUGAGGUCUACACCAGGGAUCCCUAGGCCCUCGACCUUAACAGAGUCCUCCACUCAGCAAACCCUUUCAGCCACGAGCAUCAGCAUACCCCAGACGUCUCCAGCUUUGACAACCACCAUUCUCCAGACCUCUCAUCCUUUCAUCCCUGUGUCAACCAGAGCAGCUCCGAUGGCUGACCCCACAAUAGUACAGACUACGGCUGAAAAACAGCUCUUGCCAACCAGCCCUGAAAUCCCAGCACCGCAGAUCUCCACAGAAAGGGCUGUCACCACAGAAAGGAGCCAGGUGCAUGGAAAUGCUACCAGCCAAUCGAUCCCCCUGACCAGUGUACCCACAUCAGUGAAAGGAUUGACCCCAGGGCCUGGUGUGACGGAAGAGUACAGCCCGGCUUCACAUCUCCUCAGAACAUCUCCUCUCCCAGUCACACACAUUUCCGCAGCUGAAGUAUUGACUCCUAAAUCUACCACCUCCGCUGCUCAGAGCAGCACGCGAUCACCAGAAGUGUUGUCAUCUCCAGCCGCAGUUAACAGCUGUGCCGUGAACCCUUGUCUUCACGACGGGAAAUGCGUCGCAGACCCCACCACCAGCCGUGGGUAUCGAUGCAGGUGCUCACCCUCCUGGCAAGGGGAUGACUGCAGUGUGGAUGUGAAUGAGUGUCUCUUGAACCCCUGCCCACCCCUGGCCACGUGCAACAAUACUCAGGGAUCCUUCACCUGCAAAUGCGCGGUUGGCUACCAGCUGGAAAAGGGGAUAUGCAGUCUGGUUAGAACCUUCGUGACAGAGUUCAAAUUAAAGAAAACAUUUCUCAAUACCACCAUGGAGAAGAAAGCAGACCUACAUGAAGUUGAAAAUGAGAUCACCAAAACAUUAAAUAUGUGUUUUUCGGCAUUACCUGGUUAUACCCGAUCCACAGUUCAUGCUUCUGGGGAGUCCAAUGCCGUGGUCGUGUCCCUGCAAACCACCUUCUCCUUGGCCUCCAACGUGACGCUGUUUGACCUGGCCGAUGGGAUGCAGAACUGUGCCAACUCCUGUAGGUCUUCUGCUGAGGUCUGCCAGCUCUUGGGAUCUCAGAGGCGGAUCUUUAAAGCGGGUAGCUUGUGUAAGCGGAAGACUCCAGAAUGUGACAAGGAGACUUCCAUCUGCACCGACCUGGACGGCGUCGCCCUGUGCCAGUGCAAGUCGGGCUACUUCCAGUUCAACAAGAUGGACCACUCCUGCCGAGCAUGUGAAGAUGGAUAUAGGCUUGAAAAUGAAACCUGUAUGAGUUGCCCAUUUGGGCUUGGUGGUCUCAACUGUGGAAACCCUUAUCAGCUGAUCACCGUGGUGAUCGCAGCAGCAGGAGGUGGGCUUCUUCUGAUUCUCGGCAUCGCGCUGAUUGUUACCUGCUGCCGAAAGAGUAAAAAUGACAUAAGCAAACUCAUCUUCAAAAGUGGAGAUUUCCAAAUGUCCCCAUAUGCUGAGUACCCCAAAAACCCCCGCUCACAAGAAUGGGGCCGAGAAGCUAUUGAAAUGCACGAGAACGGAAGUACCAAAAAUCUCCUCCAGAUGACGGAUGUGUAUUACUCGCCCACAAGCGUAAGAAAUCCUGAACUUGAACGCAAUGGACUCUACCCGGCGUACACUGGACUGCCGGGGUCACGGCACUCGUGCAUUUUCCCUGGACAGUAUAACCCAUCUUUCAUCAGUGAUGAGAGCAGGAGAAGAGACUACUUCUAAGGGCGGAAGAGAGACAGACGGCCCAGCACUCUGAGCAAGUUGUGGGCCCUCCACACUCAGAGGACUGCACCAGGGGGGCCAGCGUGCUCACGGGCUGCUCCCAGGACUCAUGGAGCCACACUCCUGUGGCAAGCAGAAAGCAGCAGGACAGGCGUGAGGGGCGUGACCACAGGGGAAGGGGACAGACAGAUCCGGGACGUGGAACUGAGGGCUGCUCCUUGGGCACCUUUGCCUUACUGUGAACAUGAACAGGGGCCAGUCCCGGGUGUCCCCAAAUGAGGCAGCCACCUCGGGGCCACCGGCCAUGGGUCAUGGGCCACGGGUUGACUCUUAACCAGGGCAUGUCUUCAGGCACCUUCGCCAGGACCCAGUCUUUCCUUAGUUUGCACUUUAGUCAAUUGGAUAGGGAGGUCUCCUUUUGGAUUUUUUCCAAGACUGUUCCAAAAAGAAGGCCUCUUUUCCUCAGACGCUCCCAUAGGCCUUGAUCUGGUGAUUAAUUUACUGCAAAGUACAGGCUCUUUCGUGGUUCCCCUGCCCAGUAUCUACAUGCUAAACCACGGAUGAACGAACAUACCACUAAGGUUUGGAGAUGCUGCAGGUGAGCACACAGUAUUUUUAGUAGGUUCUAGGUCUUCUGCAGUUUCCAUCCCAACCCUCAAAAUGAGGAACUAAACUGUGCGAGGCAUAGCACACACCCCAUUUUGUAGUCAAGGUGACAUUUAUUUAAGAUUAUUUCUUUUUUCCCUCCGCAGUUAAUCCUCCCUUUUUCAAACAAGUCUGCAUCAGGGCAAGACAAGUUGCAUUUGCUUUUAAUUGGAGGCCUCCCGCUGCCGGUAGUGAGGCGGGGCACUGUGGGGAGGAGGCCCAGAGAGUCGCAGAGCCCAGGGCCAGGGUGGAGGCGGGUGGGGGGGGCGCUUCUCUUUCCUGAGGGCAGCGCCCGGUGUCGGCGCGGGACUCAGGACUCUGUCCUCCCGCCGCGGAGGCCGAAGCUGUUAUGUUUGUGCAGUAGAAAUGGGAAGCCGAAUGCAGACUGGGCCUGAGCGGGAAUUCCGCCACUGAGGGAGAAGCACCCGGAUGUGGCCGGAGGACUGGACUGACCCGGCACGGUCCACUUCCUGAAACCCUCGUGCUUUGGGAAGCCUGUGUGGGUUCCUGAGGAAGACCCGGGAGCUGGGAUGGAGCCACACAUCCUUGAGUCUGCUUCCCUUCUGGGGCGGCUUCUGUGACCCUAUCUGGGAUCUUGCCCACAAACUCAGUGUCCUCUUUCAACUAAGGGCUCAAAGCUGUUUUUUCACUGAAGAAAUAACUUAUUUUCUCUCGUGCAGUAAUUCGCCCCUCUUUAUACUACUGCGGAGUUCCCUCCAGAAACAUGGUAGUUUCAGUCAGCGUCGGAGAACUAAAGACUUCCGGCCAGUUUAGGCGUUGAGAGUUUGCCUUUGGGAAGGAAGUGCCGCGUGUCUUAUUUAUUAUGCCUGUGACUUGGGUCCUGUGGGGGGAGGGGCACCCCCAGGGCGCGAUGUCUUUACCUGCUCCUUGUGGAACUGCGAUUAUUCCCGCCAUGUGCUUUUGACACAUCCUGGUUUGGGAUGAAGUAAGGAGAACACAGUGGUCAGAGAAGUGUUUCCACCCUGAAGCCUGGAGCUCAGGAGCUACAUUUCUGGAAGCGGUCUAGCCUUUGGGAACAGUUCUGUCCUGGGCAUGGUUGUUUCUUCAGAGUUCGCUCAUCUCUUCAGAGUCUAUCUCACCCUUACUGUUCUGUAAUCCUCACCCUUAGCGUUCUAAGUGUCAACUUUUGUGUCCCCUGGUCUCCACAAGCCACCAUCACCCUGCUGGCAGCAGGAACACAAGUCAGGUGUGACGCUUUUUAGUCAUUACAUUGGACUCAUCUCCUGAGAUACAAAUUCUCUUGUCGUCAGCAGAUGCCAGCUUCAAAUUUCAGGGCAUCACCUUUCUGAAAUCUCUGGGUCUUGCCUCUUUCUGGGGAACCAAAGGGCCUUCAUGCCCCCUGGUCUCACAUCUAACUGGAGAGCUCCGAGCUCCUGCCCUCUGCUCACCUGGGCCAACAGACUUGCCUCCCUGGUGAGGUGACCUUGCUUCCUGGCUCUUGAUGCAGAUCCUUGCUUAUCCCCAGAACCCAGAGGCGUGGUGGGGGUGGGUUCCCAGGCAUUCUCAGCUAAAGGUGUCCGAUGCUGUCUCAGCUGACAGAUCAUCUCCUGUGUCAGGACCAGAAGCUAUAAGCUACACAAAGUUAAGUGUUUUGUCUCAAAAGCAUUCUUAAGAAUGCUGAUGUCCAGAAGAGUGUCCUGUGAGUUCCAAGAGUGCUUUCUUGUGAGUAGGUUUGGUGCGUGUGAAGUGGAUUAAGAAUGUUGUUUUUCUUUUACUGUGAAAAAAGGAGGCCUCCAACGAUGUGAGGUUCAAAGGUAUCUCCUUGCUAGGAGGCUGUGGGGUUGGGGAGGGGCUGUCUCAAGAGCACAAGGGUCUAACAAGGCAUGAAAACCAGCAUGACUGCUCCCUGGUUACACGUUGGCUGCCCACCCUGAAUGAGGAAGGGAGGCCGGCUGCACAUCUGCCUGGGGUUCGGUACCUCCCAGAGGGUCCUACCUGGGCAAAGGGCAAACAAGCAGUGGGACAGCAGCAGCCUCUGGACUGGAGAGACAGGGUAGGGUGUGCCCCUGGGGAGCAGAAGCCCUCAGCUUCAGCAUGGGUGCUCCAUGCCUUCCCCUGCAUCUGGAAUGUGCGAUUCGUGCCCAUAGAAAUGCCACGGUCCUGCCUCGUUGGGGCCCCACAGCUAGGGGAAGGUGGAAGGGAAAAGGGACACUUCACUGCUCAUGAGAGGCUUCAACUUCUAGAGGGCCGGGCAGUGCCUCAGAGCAGGAUGGGGGGUGGGGGUUACCUGCCAGCCUCCUGGCUACUGUGGGUUUGUUUAAGCUGGCGGGGGGGCUCUUUCUCCUGUCUUUUCCUCUCGGCCCCACGAGCCAGCCCAGGGCCCUGGAGAGAAUUGACGAAGUCUGCCUGUUGUGACCCGAAUCUCUGGUGUUCCCACCAUGACCCGGCUCUGUGCAAGGCCCUUGGCCUCACCACACCCUGGUGAAGCAUGCAUGAAUGUCCAUUUCUUGCACACGUGAACUUCUAGAGAAAGUGAAUAUCUUGCCUUAGAGAGCCAGGAUUCAAACUCCUCUCCCUGCCUUGCCUUCCUGUGAAUGCCUCACCAUCCAAAUGGACCUUACAUGUCAAAGAGGGCAGGAGAGAGUGGGCUUAUAAUAUACUUUUUUUUUGAAGAACCUUAAUAUUAUUAAGCAUUAACUGAACUAAUGACAUGAAAUGCAAAAAAAAAAAAAAAAACAAAAACAAAAAAACCAAAAUAAUGUUGAUUCCUUUUUGAAAAAGUCCUUUUGGGUUCAUUGCAUAUAAUUGCAUCCAUUUCUUGGACACGUGAGGUUAAGAGUGGCUGGCUUGUGUUUAGCGAGAAGUGUACUGGUACGUGGCUUGGGGCGUAGGAAGGGUGAGGUGAUGACCCAGGUUUCUGGCAAACACAGCCAGACUUAGAUGCCCGCUGAGGCCCGUUUUGCCUUGUAUCCGCGGGAAGGCUGUGGCUCCCACGUAUUAGAAGCAUAUUUUUGUGAAUGUGAUCAGAGUCGUGAACUUAUUCAGUUGAAUGUCUUAAAUGCUGACAAAUCUUCUUCCUUGGACGAAAAUUUGUUUUCAGAAGCAGCUAACUCAUUUAGAGCCAAGUAUGUUGAAUGGAGAGGGUAAUCGAGCUGGCUGCUAGCAUUUGGAAUUCUAAACAAAGAUGUGACUAUUAAGUUCUCGAAGAGGUAAUUCUUAAAGUUGGUCCAAACAGAAGGGCAGCAUCUUUGCAGGGCUGGAUGGCUGCCUAAGAAAAUGUUUCUGAAGGAUGGUAUUUAUUCAGAUGUGGAAGUUCCCAGAGCGCCUCUGAGGGACAUACCACGCAUGUGGCUUUGUGGGGUCUCCGUGAAGCUAUCUUGCCCACUGGCCAAGGGCCCGAAUACCUGGGAACUUAGCCUGAAGAAGCUAAAGCCGAGCAUUCUAGUUUCUUCUGGCUUAGUUUAGCCUAGCAUGCUCCAAAGUCGGGUUCAGACCCAUUGUUCUAAGAUACUUACCCUGAUUUCAAAACAAGAACACUUGUUUGGAGACAGGAAGAAUGGAAAGUUCAGUAUUUCAGUAUUCUCUGUCUUCUUUAAAACUGCCCUUCACAUCAGAGAUAUUUUUUCUAUGGGAAGACUUCUGUGGGGAUUAGAAGGGACGUGUCAUUUCCUCCUUCCUGACCAAGCAUCUUUCUGAGGUUCUUGUGUGCAUUUAUGGAAACAGAUAGGGUUUUGUAGAGUUGUCCUUUGAGUGUGUGUUCUUUUUUUCUUUUCUGAAAUCCCCAGAGAAGGAGACUGGUUAAAAGACUAGAAAUAUCAAAGUAUUAAAUGCCAGUCAAUUUGUUGUGCUAAAGUAUCUUUUCAUAGUGUUAUAAUCCAUCCUGUUUGCUGGCAACUGCUCACAAAAAAGCCUGUGAAACCCAAGGGGACAAUUUAGGUCUAUAAACAGAGAUCUUACACCAGCUUUGUCCCCUCUGCAUUUUUUAACAGGACAUUUCAAAGGAUUUGCCUACUAGAUUCUGGUGGGGUUUUUUUGUUUGUUUGUUUUUUGGUUUUUUUUUGUUUUUUGUUUUUUGGUUUUUUUUUAGGAUAUGCAAUGCAGGUGCAGAGUUCUUACCUAGGAAGGAUGGGACCAGACAGGGGUGGGAGGGAACCAGUCUAUCCGGGAAACUAACCCAGAUUUCUGUAUUACCUUGGCCCGUUUCUUCAAAAACAGAAGGUCUUUCAUCCUGGGUUGCUGUGAGUUUCGUUAAUGUUUGUGUUGUUGGACUUAUGGUUAAAAGAAGCAUGUUGCUGGAAUGUGAACUUCUUGAGUUUUCACAUUGUCCUGAAUUUCUUUUUGCAAACCUUUAAACCUUAAACCCCUGGUCGAUUGUGUUAAAACCAUUAUGAGAAUGUUAUUUAAAGUUGUAUUAUAAUUGCCACCUCCACUAAUUAUUCAGUACUGUAGCAGCAAAGUAUUAUUUGUAAGAAUCUGGUUAUUUUUAUACUUAUAUCUACUUUAAGUCUGGCGUUCUAGUCAGUAAAUGAUGCAAUAAAAUGAAUAUCAUUUUCACUGUG